AUGAAUGAUAGUUUACGUACCGAUAUUUUUCUACGUUUUCCUCCUGAAACAAUUGCUUGUGCAUGUAUCGAUUUAGCAGCACGAAAUCUUCAAAUUGCAUUACCAAAAAACCCACCAUGGUAUCUUAUAUUUGGUGCAAAACCAGAAGAAAUUCGUUAUAUUAUGAUUCAAAUUCUUCGAAUAUAUAAACAUCGACCAAAACCACUUGAUGAACUUGAAAAAAUUGUUAAUUCAAUUCGUGAAAAACGUGAGAAUGAAAGAAGAAAAUUUCGUCCAGAUUUUGGUAAUGAUUCUCCUGCUCCACAACAAACUAUUCAGACAAAUAUAUCAUCAACAGGAGUUUCAUUUUCAACACCAACGAACAUACAACCUGACAUAGCCAAUGUAAUAACAACAACAACGACGACAAUAGUAGAAGAAGUAACUAAAGUGACAAGUGAAUCUUUAAAUGGAACAACAGCAACAACAAUAAUAAUAAAACAACAUGAUAGUGAAACUUUACGUGAAUCAUCAACAAACAAUAAUAAUCGACAUCAUCAUCAUCAUCAUCAUCGAAGAAAAAGAAGUACCACUCCAAGCAGAUCUUCAUCACGAUCAUAUUCUCGUUCUCCAAUUCAUCAUUCACAAAAGAAAAAGAAAACUUCACAUCGUAGUCGUUCACGAUCUCGUUCGUCAUCACGUAGAAGACAUAGACAUCUAAAAGAUAAACGACAUCAUAGUAGUGGUUAUACAUCCAGUAAUCAUCAGAAGAAAGAUAAAAAACAACGAACACAGGAUGACAAUUAUACUUCGAAUAAUAUCAAAUACUCAACAUCAACUAAGGAUGCAAAUAAUAAUAUUCACCAACGUUCACAUCGUCAAUCAUCAAAAGAAACAAACGGUGUUUCAUCAUCAUCAUCCAAUAGAAAAAUCAUUUUGAAAUAA